ACGGGUAAUCACCUUUCAACUUUAUUUCAAGGUACGGAUUCUACCCUCCCGCCAUGCCCUUCUCCUCUGCUCUCGUCCAUACCUUGAAUUUAAUCCCUAAUGAUGCCUUCCUCUCUCAUUUUCUAGCCUGCUUGCUUCCGUCUGAAGCAGUUUGUUCCGUUGCACGCAACCUCUGCCCUGCAAUUCUCGCAGGGCUGCUCCUACCCUGACGACGGUAGGGUAAUUUGCAGCACGAACACAACGCGUACCUACACCUGACUGGGUUAUCUCUGAUCAGCAGCCAUGACGACAGCGCUAUUGAAGCAGUCUGUGUUGCUCGCCCGAGGUACUCAAACCUUAGGCGACCUUCAGAGCACUAGCGGGAAGAAGGGCGGCAAGGCGUCGUCGUUUUUCGGAGCAUCUGUAGCAGUGCACGCCAGGUCUAGGUUUCUCUCCGGCGCUGCUGUCUGCAGACGCGUGGCGGUCCGCGACAAUGCUAAUGUCGCAAGCCGUCGCUUUGGAUUGUCGCGUGCGACUGCGGAGUGCUCAUCGACACAGGUUGCGACGGAUGAUGGCGAGAAGGCUUACGAGGUAGCGGACGCAGAGGAGCUUCUAAAGGAGCACGGUGCGUGCGGAGUGGGUCUUAUCGCGUCACUUAAAAACGAGUCCACGCAUAAGAUUAUCGAGCAGGGCCUGACAGCGCUGGGGUGCAUGGAGCAUCGCGGCGGGUGCAGCGCCGACAACGACUCGGGCGACGGCGCGGGGCUCAUGACGGCCGUGCCUUGGGAUCUCCUCGACAGCUGGCAGCAGGAGAACGGCCGCGGCCCGCUCGACCGGUCCGCCACGGGCGUGGGGAUGGUGUUCCUGCCGAAGCAGGAGAGCGACGCCGAGGCCGCCAAGCAACUGGUGGAGAGCGUGAUCAAGGCGGAGGGCCACGGGCUGCAGGUGGUGGGAUGGCGCCAGGUGCCGGUGAACGAGUCGGUGGUGGGGCCCUUCGCGCGCGUGACCCUCCCUUCCAUCCAGCAGCUCGUGCUCUCCGUGCCCGGCCUCGCCCCCGACGACACCGAGCGCGAGCUCUACGUGCUCAGGAAGCUCAUCGAGAAGGCAGUAGCACGGGCGAUCGCAGCCGAGGCGGCGGCGGGGGGGACUCCGGCGGCGGAGCACGCGCUGAACGACCUGUACUUCUGCUCGCUGUCCAGCAAGACCAUCGUGUACAAGGGCAUGCUCCGGGCCGCUGUGGUGGGCACGUUCUACGCUGACCUGAAGAACGAGCUGUUCCGGAGUCCGUUUGCGAUCUAUCAUAGGCGGUUUAGCACCAACACGACGCCCAAGUGGCUGCUGGCACAGCCGAUGCGGUUCCUGGGGCACAACGGCGAGAUCAACACGCUGCAGGGCAACCUCAACUGGAUGGUGUCGCGCGAGCCUACGCUCACGUCGCCCGUGUGGCGCGGCAGGGAGGCGGAUAUCUUCCCCGUGGUGAACCUCGCUGCUUCUGACUCUGCUAACCUGGACGGCGUUGCUGAGCUGCUGCUGAACAGCGGCAGGCGGCCAGAGGAGGUGCUGAUGAUGCUCGUGCCUGAGGCCUACCAGAACCACCCCACGCUCUCAGCCAAGUACCCCGAGGUGGUCAGCUUCUACGAGUACUACAAGUCCCAGAUGGAAGCGUGGGACGGACCUGCCCUGCUCGUCUUCAGCAACGGGAGGACAGUGGGUGCGUCUCUGGAUCGCAACGGGCUGCGCCCGGCACGCUACUGGAGGACCAACGACGACAUGCUCUACGUCGCCUCUGAGGUGGGCGUGCUGAACAUGGACGAGGCGACCAUCGUGAGCAAGGGGCGUCUGGGGCCGGGCAUGAUGAUCUCAGUGGACCUGCACACGGGCGAGGUGCUAUCCAACACGGCCAUCAAGAGGCAGGUGGCCAGCGCGCACCCCUUCAAGGAGUGGCUCGAUAAGGAGUCUCGCCAGAUCACCCCCAUGGCGUUCGCCCCUGAGCCAGCCCUCUCCCCCGAUGAAGUGCUCCGCAGACAAAAUGCGUACGGGUACUCCAGCGAGGACGUGGUGAUGGUGAUAGAGAGCAUGGCAGCGCAGGCCAUUGAGCCCACGUUCUGCAUGGGCGACGACACGCCCCUCCCCGUGCUCUCAGCGCGCCCCCACCUCCUCUUCAACUACUUCAAGCAGCGCUUCGCCCAGGUGACGAACCCCGCCAUCGACCCACUGAGGGAGGGCCUGGUGAUGUCGCUGGAGAUAGCGCUGGGGCGGCGGGACAACAUCCUGGACGUGGGCGCGGAGCACGCCAACGUGGUUCGCCUGGCCUCUCCGGUGCUCAACGAGGCGGAGCUCCAGGAGCUGAUGGACGACCAGCAGCUUGCAGCGGCCCGCCUGCCCACCUUCUUCGACGUCUCCCAGGGCGUGGACGGCGCUCUCUCCCGCGGCCUCGACGCGCUCUGCGCUGCCGCUGAUGCCGCUGUUGACGCCGGCGCGCAGCUCCUAGUGCUGUCGGACAAUGCCGAUCAGCUUGAUGCCACUCGGCCGGCGAUCCCGGCGCUGUUGGCAGUGGGCGCGGUGCAUCACCAUCUCAUUCGCAGUGGCAAGCGGCUGCAGGCAUCAAUCGUGGUGGAGACGGCGCAGUGCUUCAGCACGCACCACUUUGCUUGCCUCGUGGGGUACGGGGCGAGCGCGGUGUGCGCGUACGGCGCGCUGGAGACAUGCCGGCAGUGGCGCGCGAGCGAGAAGACCCAGAAGCUGAUGACGUUUGGCAAGCUGCCGUCCGUGUCUAUGGAGCAGGCGCAGCUCAACUACAGGAAGGCCAUAGAGAAGGGGCUGAUGAAGAUCCUGUCCAAGAUGGGCAUCUCGUUGCUGUCCAGCUACUGCGGCGCGCAGAUCUUUGAGAUCUACGGGCUCGGCGCCCAGGUCGUGGACCGCGCCUUCAAGGGCUCCGUCUCGCGCAUAGGAGGGCUCACACUGGACGAGCUUGCGAGUGAGGCUCUGACGUUCUGGGCCAAGGGUUUCGGGACGGAGGGCAAGGGCAAGCUGGAGAACGCAGGGUUCCUGCAGGUGCGGCAGGGCGGCGAGUACCACAGCAACAACCCCGAGAUGAGCAAGCUGCUGCACAAGGCCGUGCGCCAGGGCGAGCAGACCGCCUACACCGCCUACCAGACCCACAUCGCCACACGCCCCGUCAACGUCCUCCGCGACUUGCUCGAGCUGAGCAGCGGCACCCGUGCCCCGAUCCCCCUAGACCAGGUGGAAUCCGCAGCAUCGAUCGCCAAGCGGUUCUGCACGGGGGGCAUGUCGCUGGGAGCCAUCUCGCGCGAAUGCCACGAGGUGAUCGCCAUUGCCAUGAACCGCCUGGGCGGGAAGAGCAACUCGGGCGAGGGCGGGGAGGACCCCAUGCGGUGGGUGGAGCUGGAGGAUGUGGACGCGGAGGGGCGGUCGCCCACGUUCCCGCAUCUCAAGGGGCUGAGGACCGGGGACAAGGCCACAAGCGCGAUCAAGCAGGUGGCGUCGGGGCGGUUUGGAGUGACCCCGACGUUCCUGGCGAACGCGGAUCAGGUGGAGAUCAAGGUGGCGCAGGGGGCGAAGCCCGGGGAGGGCGGGCAGCUGCCCGGCAAGAAGGUGUCACCAUACAUCGCUCAGCUCAGGAACUCCAAGCCCGGCGUGCCGCUGAUCUCGCCGCCCCCGCACCACGACAUCUACUCCAUUGAGGAUCUGGCGCAACUCAUCUUUGAUCUGCACCAGGUGAAUCCAGCAGCCAAGGUGUCGGUGAAGCUGGUGGCGGAGGCGGGCAUCGGCACAGUGGCGAGCGGCGUGGCGAAGGCCAAUGCCGACAUCAUCCAGAUCUCGGGCCAUGAUGGCGGCACGGGCGCCAGCCCCAUCAGCUCCAUCAAGCAUGCGGGCGGGCCGUGGGAGAUGGGGCUCAGUGAGACGCACCAGACGCUCCUGGCCAACGGCCUGAGGGACCGCGUGGUGCUGCGUGUGGACGGGGGCAUCAAGUGCGGCAAUGACGUGCUGGUGGCGGCCGCCAUGGGCGCCGACGAGUUUGGGUUCGGGUCGCUGGCGAUGAUCGCCACGGGCUGCAUCAUGGCUCGUAUUUGCCACACCAACAACUGCCCUGUCGGGGUGGCGUCUCAGAGGGAGGAGCUGAGGGCGCGCUUCCCAGGAGUGCCAGCGGACCUGGUCAACUUCUUUGUCUUCGUGGCCGAGGAGGUGCGUGUGGGGCUGGCGUCGCUGGGCAUGAGCAGCUUGGACGAGCUGGUGGGGCACGUGGACGUGCUUAAAGCCAGGGACGUGGCGCUCGCCAAGACCAGCUCCAUCGACCUCUCCUACCUGCUCACUUACCCUGGCCUGUCGGAGCUGAGCAGCUCGGCGCGCAUUGCACAGGAGGUGCACUCCAACGGGCCCAUGCUGGACGACGCCCUCCUGCGCAACCCCUCAGUGAUAGCGGCCAUAGAGCAGGGCAAGGUGGUGCAGCUGGCGACGCCCAUCGUUAACACGGACCGCUCCACGUGUGGCCGGGUGUCGGGCGCCAUCGCCAAGCGCCACGGGGACUCGGGCUUCACAGGCGCCAUCGGCAUCACGUUCAAGGGCAGUGCAGGCCAGUCGUUUGGGUGCUUCCUGGCAGGCGGGAUGAACAUCCGCCUCAUUGGGGAGGCCAACGACUAUGUGGGCAAGGGCAUGGCAGGCGGGCAGAUUGUGGUGGUGCCAUCCAAGGCCGCCACCUUUGAGGCGGAGACCGCCACCAUCAUCGGCAACACGUGUCUUUAUGGCGCCACGGGCGGGCGGCUGUUUGUGCGCGGGUGUGCGGGCGAGCGGUUCGCGGUGCGCAACUCCAAUGCGCAGGCUGUGCUGGAGGGCGCAGGGGACCACUGCUGCGAGUACAUGACGGGCGGCACCGUGGUGGCGCUGGGCAAGGUGGGGCGCAACGUGGCAGCGGGCAUGACGGGAGGCAUUGGCUACUUCCUGGACGAGGACGACACCUUCUCCCCCAAGGUGAAUCGGGAGAUCGUGGCGAUGCAGAGAGUGGUGUCACCAGGGGGGCAGGAGCAGCUCAAGUCUCUCAUCCAGCAGCACGCGGAGCUGACCGGCAGUGCCAAGGCCGCCACCAUCCUGGCAGAGUGGGACAAGUACCUGCCGCUCUUCUGGCAGCUCGUGCCGCCCAGCGAAGCCAACUCGCCAGAGGCCAAGGCGCCUGCUGCUGAAGAGGAGCCUGUGGCUGCCCUGGCUGCAUGAGCAACUUAUCAAGCUGGUUCUUUGUGCGGCUCUUGCAAUGUGAAAUGGUUCACUGGCCGGAGUGAUGGUUCUAAGAAGUUAGCGCACUCCAGUAACAACCAGACCGUCCAGGAAAGGCAUGUCCAGAUGGUAUUCUUUAGGUGCGAGGGCUGCUAGGCCUUGCCUGACAAUGCGCCUCCAAUCUCUAUGAAUUGGUUGUAGUUUACCUAUUGCUGUCAACGCCCAAAAGCAAGUAAUGCAAUACCCCAGUUUAAAU